UGUUACGAGUUAUAGAGUUGGUUGUAGCUUUAAACAUUGUGACUAAUUUUAGGUGGAGUGCUUUACCCAUGUCAAGGUCUAUAGAGAAAGUGGUGGAAAGCAAAUGGCAAUCAGAAGGACGUGGUGCGAGAGUGCGCAGGUCUAUUGGUCUACGUGACAUAGGACAGAUUGACCCUUUUUUAAUGUUAGAUGAGUUUACUGGAUCUUCUCUCAAAGGAGCAGGCUUCCCUGAUCAUCCUCAUCGUGGAUUUGAAACUGUCACUUACGUUCUGGAAGGCGAAAUGUACCAUGAAGAUUUCCUUGGUAAUUCUGGAACUUUGAAACCUGGUGAUAUGCAAUGGAUGACAGCUGGACGAGGAAUUAUCCAUUCCGAGAUUCCCGGACGUGAGAUGGUCAGAGGACUUCAGUUAUGGUUAAACUUAAAAAGUGAGUUUAAAAUGGUGGAGCCUAUGUAUCAGGAACUAAGUUCAAAUCAAAUGCUAACAGUCAAAGAAAAUGGCAUAAAAGUCAUUGUACUAGCAGGAGAAGCACUUGAGAAAUCAGAAGUUCAAACAAGAACACCUGCAUACUAUUUAGAUGUCACUCUUCAGCAAGAAGCUAACUUUAAACAAAACAUUCCUGAUGGUUGGACUACAUUUUGCUAUACACUAGAUGGUGAUGUUGCUAUUGGUCCUGACUCUAGAAGCAUUCCUGCCCACCACACAGUUGUUUUCAACCGAAGUGGAGACUUUGUAGAGUUUGCUAACAAGAGUAAUAAGGAGGCAAGAUUUCUAGUAAUUUCAGGUGAACCAAUUGGUGAGCCUGUAAUUCAACAUGGCCCUUUUGUCAUGAAUACACGUGAGGAGAUUGAGCAAACAUUUGAUGAUUAUCGCAAUCACAAAAAUGGCUUUGAAAAUGCUAAAGAUUGGAAGUCCGAGAUUGGAUCAAAAUUUCUUGAAGGAACAUUGUGGAGUGAAUAAUCAGGUUAUUCCAUUAUUUCGACCUGAUAGAGAUCAAAGUGUGUAUAAUUAUAUUUCAACCAAGCUUUUGACGAUCUUAAUAUUUGUUCACAUAUUCUGAACUGAUAUAAACAUGCGUGAUUUUAAUAUUUCCUUAUUAAGCUACUUACUUAUUAAGCUACUUACUUAGCUACUUGCAUAUUUUGUAUCUUUCUUGGGUAUGUUUUCGAUAUUAUAUCUUAAAUACUAGAAUUUAUUUAUU